GGUCACCCACAUAUAAAGAGCCAGCGUGCGACCAAAAAAUAAAAAUAUUCUUAUAUUUAUAAGCCCUACACAACAGCCGUAUUUUAUAUAAUUAUAUUGACUUAAUAUCUAGUGUGCAGAUUAUAGAAAUAACAAAGAAUGAUGGGAACUUCUUUAUUAAUCUUGAUCUUUACAAUUAUCAGCAUAGUAUUUUCCCUUGAUGACCCCCUCUGUGUGGUGAAGAGUUGUCCUCAAAAUACAAAGUGCCGUGUUAUUCAAGACUGCACACAGAACAAGGCUUGCACACUAACAGCGGAGUGUUUAGAAAGCCCGCCAAAAUUUAGCCACGUUGGAGUCUGCAGGUUUGGUGACCCCAUUCUCGAGAUGACCAACAGCACGCUGGAUGACACGCGAUGCGGCCCUGGGCUACCUUGUCCAAGUGGGACCUACUGUAACACUGAACUGAUGGACACCUACGCCACAUGCUGCAGAUCAGAUCCAGCCCAGCCAGUGAAACCUGGAAACUGUCCCGUGGUGACGGACAGCGAUGCUGGCUUCUGCGUAGACACGUGCAGCAACGACGGGGACUGUCGACACAAUGACAAGUGCUGUCAGGCGGGCUGCAGCAAGAGGUGUCUCAUGCCACAAGUCGAGGAUCCUUGCGUCAAAAAGACUUGCAUCAUUGGAAAAUAUUGCCAACGGCCAAGCAUGCCGCGAUGUCAAGGCCCUGGCCAAUGUUGGGAAAUAGGAGAUUGUGUUCCUUGUCCUUUUAUAAGAAACUGUCAACUGAAGUGUUCUCAAGGCUUUAGCACCGACACUAGAGGCUGUCCUGUCUGCCAAUGUAAAGUUGUGACACGCAGGCCCGUCCCAGGGAACGGUCUGACAACACACUGGCAGCAUGGCGGGGAAAUUAACCCUUGGCAGAACAUGAUUUGGUGGCAAAUACUCAACAAAAAAUAAAUUUCUGUUUCUUUUGCAGAUUUCAAGCUCAUACAGAUCUUUAAAGACACAAUCAAAUUGAACACAUCGAAUAUACAUCUGUACAUAUUUAUGCUCCUUUCAACUGUUACCUUUUAUAUAUUCAAACUAAAAAAGGUCUACCACUUCA